GACAACGCGAAGUUAAGCGUCCUGGACAUUGCCGGGAAGCCACAGUUGACUGCCAAGGCCAUUCUGGGAGGCAUCGUAGCAGGCUGCUGCGGCUCCUUUUUGGCUGUCUCUCCCUGGGCCCGCAAACUUCGGGCUGCUGGUUUGUCUCGUGCGUGCCGCAAAAAAGCUUCAAAGCGCCGGCAGCAGCACCUGAGGAUUCAGAAAUGCGGCCCGGAAAAGGGCGACUACACGCCACAGGAGACUUGUGUGAUCCAGACCAUGGCUGUAGCAUGCACGGAGGUUGCCUCUGCUUCAGGC